UGUAAUUAUCAAAAGUCUUUGCGUAAGUUGUUAUUUUAUUGCAUUCAAACAUGAGGCAAAGUUUUGGCGCUGCCAUCAGGCGCCAUCUAAGCAAGCCAGUAUAAAUGUGAAUCAACGUGAACCUCAAGCAAGGAAAUAAAACAGUCCGAGAGUAAUAUAAUAAAGUUUGCACCAUAAUAUAGUGUUUACACAAUAAUGUCAGAAAAUAGGAUUGCAAGUAUUGGCAGAUACAAGAGAAAAAUCUCCCAAUUAAAACAAUUUAUAAGAGAAUGUGUACAUGAAAACGCUGCUCUAUGCGAUGAGAUCAACGAAACGCAAAACAGAACGAUUGUUUAUAAUGAGGAACGAAAAUUUCUUCUUAAAAAGUUGUGCUUAUUUGAUCCACAUGUGGAAGCUGAGGUUGAGGAUCUAUCACACCAACUCUACAACAAUUCUAGUAAUAUAUCAGUGGAUAGAAAAACUAAGAAAAAGGUGUUAGAGACAUCUAUAAUAACAGAUAAUACUAAAAAGUCAUCUGGUGCCAAAUCCAGGAAAAGUAGUUCUAAAUUAAGAAAGAAAAUUGUCCAACCAAUACCAUUAGAUCCAACUGGUAGACCAAUUUUUCCAAUUGAACUUGGAAGUAUAACAAUUCAUUCACUUGGAGAAGUUGUAUCAGAUAGAAAAGAAUUCCAUUGUGAAGAUGCAAUAUAUCCAGUGGGGUAUGUUUCAACAAAAUUGUAUGCUAGCACUAAAGAUACCAGCAUUAAAUGUAUGUAUACAUGCAAAAUUUCAGAUGCCAAUGGUUUGCCGAGGUUUGAAAUUGCUGCUGAUGACAACAGUAUUCCUAUUGUUGGUGGUACACCUGAUGUUUGUCACAGCCUCUUACUUCAAAAGGAAUCUGUAAACUGAACCUGAGCUCACAAGAUGCCUGCACUAACACCAGCUUGCCUUUGUUUUGCAGUACAACAUGACCACGCAACACAACAAUGGUACAUGCAUCAAGUUGGAUUUAGCAGUUUAAGAGACAUUACGGCGUAAUGGUACCUGUAUCAGGUAUUUCCCGCAAUAUUUCCUGUGGCUGUUAGAUGGCGCUAGUAGCAAUCUUUUGUGAGUUGUCAGUAUCGAGCAGUUGAUCAACAUCUCACGAGAAUCAUUUGUGCAUCACGUUGUAAUUAUUGAUUUUCCUUAUUAUUUUAUUAUAUAGCGUUUGUGUUUAGCUCACGAACGGGUAAAUAAAUUGCAUUUUUGUGUUACAAAGGGUUAAUUUUUAGGGGUUUAGUACGCGAAUCUGACAUCGUAGAAGAACCACCGUUGCAUCAGAUUGUGAGUAUUGAAUUUCUUUUUCAUUUUUUUACAUUACUUUUGUGAUUAACUCACCAAAGGGGCAACAAAAAUUGCAAUUUUGUGUUUUGAAGGACAAUUUUUUUGCUUGUUUUAGGGAUUUUACACUUAAGUUUGAUAUUGUAGUAGGACCAUUUUUGCAUCAGAUUGUAAGCAUUAAAUUUCUUUAUUAUUUUCCUAAUUUACUUUUGUGAUUAUCUCACAAAUUGACUUCCAAAAUUGCAUUUUUAUGUUUGAAGGACUAUUUUUUGAUAGUUUUAGGGGUUUUGCACCUGAGUCUGACAUCGUAGAAGGACCAUUCUUACAUCAGAUUGUAAGUAUUAAAUUUCUUUAUCAUUUUCCUAAAUAGCUUUUGAGAUUAUCUCACAAAUUGACUCCCAAAAUUGCAUUUAUAUGUUCGAAGGACAAAUUUUUGUUGGUUUUAGGGAUUUUACACUUGAGUCUGAUAUAGUAGAGGGACCAUUCUUGGAUUAGAUUGUUUGUAUUAAAUUUCUUUAUCAUUUUCCUUAAUAACUUUUUUUGAUUAUCUCACAAAUUGACUCCCAAAAUUUCAUUUUUAUGUUUGAAGGACUAAUUUUUGAUGGUUUUAGGGGUUUUGCACCUGAGACUGACAUCCCCUGACGCUGCACAUUGUCACGUCUUAGUUUAGUGAUCACAGGUAACAUGCCUGUUGCAAUUCACGCACAAGGUCGCGUGCAAUCAGCUGGCUGCUUUGCCAGCUAUUGCUUUUACCUGCGGGGUUCAUGCUGCAGGCACAUUGUCUUAUUAGAAACUGUCGCAUCGUUGCUUGCGCUAUCGAUGGAUUGCAGCCAGUUUCGUGCAGGUCCCUGGCGUAUCUAGGCGUGUUUCGCGCGACUCGUAUCGUUUUAUCGGACUCUCAUUUUCUAAAGCAUUGUAUUCGGUCAUCAAUUGACUAUUUAGUUGUGACAUCCAUCUGCAGUGUUUUGUUAAUGAUUAAUUGUGCUUUAAUGUCCAUAAUCUUUAUUUGUUUAUGUUUGAUGUUUACACUCCAAAUGCAUAGUGUUGCCAUGAUGUUUCCCGUCAUUAGGAGGUCCCUUCGUACUUGAGUAAGUAACUUAUAUCUGACUUGUGCUACUCAGCACUGAAUAUUUAUUUUCUCCGAUGUAUGAAUAUAAUAUUAUAUUGUAUGCAAUGUAUUUAUUUUAACUUAAAGUUACUUUUAAUUGCAGUACUUGCUGUACCCUAGCAAUCCCAGGAGCACUGCAUUCGUAAGUUUUUAUUAAGUUAUAUUAUUCGGUCAAAUGUUUCAUUGCAAUAGCCCGCGAAUUAAAGGUGCCUUGAAUUUGAAAUUCGAAAUGCGUUCUUGUCUAUCUAAUCUAAUUAAACGAAAAAUGGUUAUUUAUAGCACAGUUGGUCACGUUUUUGGACCUUUCACCUCACAAAAUAAAAUUAUUUUUUUUAUCUGAUAGAGAAUUUUCCAAUUUUUCAAUUUUUGACAAUUUAUUUCAAUUGCGAAUAUCUCGUAAACUAAAAUUGGAAAUGUACGAAUCAGAGAGUCCUAAUCUACGGGCAAUUCUCUAUAAAAUAAUAGAUAUUUUGUUGCAGUAUUGUAAAGUAUGCUUAGGCGGGCUAGAAUACUCGCAUAUGAAUGAAUGUAAACAAGUUUUUUAUUGCUUUCAGCGUGCGUAUCUCAACAGCGAUAGUGACCUCGUGCAGUUGCUGUCGACUGUGUGCAAAUCAAGGCAUACGCAGUUCCAUUUUGGUUGUCGGGUGAAUCGCGCGUUUUCCUUGCGACUAUUUUUCGUUCUUCAAAUCAUAAUUAGAUAAAUUGCGGAAUAUUCAUUUAACAGUUGACGGCAUUUACUGAAGUCGGAUGUGAAUGUGUUUUUGCUAGUGAGAUAGCAUACGUUGUAUGUUCAUCAAUUGUGGAGUUAUCGGUGGUUCACCUAUGCGCGUGUAAUGCUCCGACGGCGGUCGUUGAUUGUUUUUCGAUUGUGGAAUUACAUUGCACUCGUGGUAAUAACCAUGCAGGUUAUUUAAAACAUACUUGAUAGUAAUUUGAAUUAAUGUUUAAUUAGUAUAAAUAAACAACGUUGAUGCCUGUUGAAGAA